UGUAAUUGUCCCAAAGUAAAUUUGGUAACAAAAUAUAACUUCUGCUUUUUAUUACAAAAAGAAAGGCAACGAGGGGAAGGGCAGUGAGGACUCAGGCGGUUAUGUGCGGAUUUACGAAGUUGGAGGAGCUGACUGUAAAUGUAAUAAAACAGAGCCACUUUCAUACAAAGACAUUUGUUCAAGUUCAAUUCUGAUGCACACUGUCAAUAUGAAUAUAAAUGGAAUGAGCUUACUGAUGUCAGUUGUAUCGUACACCUUCUACCAAUAAGUGUUGUCUAAUCAGUUGGAUGCAUAUAGCAUAUGGCAGCAGUAGAUAAGACACUGUUUUGUUUUUGUCAUUGGGGUGGUGAGAACGUGAUACGCAAAGAUGGAUCUAUCACAUACGUGGGUGGGAUUACUGAUCAGAUUAUGGUAAAAUCAGGCAUAACUUAUGAUGCUUUUGCGAAGGCUGUUUUCAAUAGAUUGCGUAUUGAGCCUUCAAGCAAAGUGCUGCACUUCACUGUGAAAUUCAACAAGACACAAUUAAUAAGGUUGACAGAUCAAGAUGGAGUUGACAAUUUGAUACGGUUCAACGAUGAUUUUGCACACGUCUAUGUAGAGGAGGCAGUUGUUGCCACACCCAUUGUGGGUAGCAUAAGGGGAUCAACUGCUGAUGUCCAAACAAUCCAUGCACAUUCCGGGGAAGGUCAUGUCGGUGGUGAUCAUUCAGCUUCGGUGACCUCACGUAGUGAUUCAACCCCGCUUGCCUCUGCCAUGUCAGAUGAGACAAUUUUGGAAGAAGGACAAGCAUUUGAGAAUGCCGAAGUAUUUCGGCAAGCUAUAUUCAGAUAUGCAAUUGCCAAGAAAUUCACCUACAAGUACCUUAACAAUAGCCCGAAAUAUAUGAAAAUUCAAUGUGCCGUUGAUGAGUGCCCAUGGAAAUUAACCGCUGGGCGAGAGGGAUCGUCAAACCUUGUUUCAGUUAAAACAGUCAUUGACAAUCAUUCACAUUCUGCAAUGGAUCAGAUAAAGUGUAAACCCAAAUUGAUGGCUAAGUUGAUGGGGCAUAUCAUCCAGGAAAAGAUUAUGGAUAGUCCAACUUAUUUGCCACAAGAACUUUAUGAUGACUCAGUGAAGAAUUUAGCGAUUACAUUAACCAAAAACCAAGCAUCGGCUAUCAAGAAGAAGGCUAAAGAGGUGAUUCAUGGGAAAUUAGAGAACUACUUUAAGGUAAUACCUUGGUUGUGCAAUCGUCUAGUGGAAUUAAUGCCUGGAACAAUUGCUAAAUGGUCAUGUACAGAGGACAACGUAUUCAAACAACUGUUUGUUUCAUACGAGUGCUCAAUACGCGGCUUCCGUGUAGGUUGUAGACCAUUGAUUUUUAUAGAUGCUCGGCACUUGAAUGGUCCAUGCAAAAGCACUUUACUAGCUUGUUCAGCAUUGGAUGCAAACAAUGAGAUUUACCCUCUUGCUUAUGGUGUGCUUACUUCAGACGAUAAGGAAGAUUGGUUGUGGUUUCUAGAGCACUUGAAGCUCGUGGUACGAGACCGAGAAGUGGUUAUUGUUUCUGAUAGGAAUUCUUCUAUACUGUCAGCGGUAGAAAAGACAUUUGAUUCAAAUGGCCAUGCUCAUUGUUUUCGUGAUGUGCAAGAGAACUUCAGUAAGUUUAUUGAUACUAAUCGUAACUUUAAGUUGCAAAGUAAAGGCAAGGAGACUGCACAUAAGUACCUAAAUGAGAUUGCUUAUGCACGGACUGUGGACACAUAUGAGAAAGGCCUUGCCAGAAUGUGUACAUUUCGUAAGGAUUUAUAUGAUUGGGUGAUUACCAGCAGGCCUGAAUAUUGGUCUAACGCUUUCUUUAAGAAAUGCCGUUGGGAUUAUUUGAAUAGUAAUGAGGUAGAGUCAUUUACUGCUUGGACAGGGGACAUGAGUUUGUUGCAUAUUCCCCUUAUGAUGGAACCUAAUCGUGUGAAGUUGUCCCAAAUUUUACUCAGUAAACAAACUGAAGCAAGAAACUGGAAACUUCCUGUUGGCCCAAAGAUUGAGGAAAGGAUUCUUGAAAACCAAAAGCUCAGCCAUGGUCUUGUUGCUACACUUCAUUCUGAUUUUGAUGCUGAGGUACAGGAAACCUGUGAUGUGAAAUUAGUUGUGAAUCUUAAAUUUGGUACUUGCACUUGUUUGGAGUGGCAAAUGAGUGGUAUCCCAUGCCGGCAUGCAUGCUGUGCAAUUGCAUUAGCAGAUAUGGAUGUGUAUCAGUGUGUGGCAGAUUGGUACAAGAGGGAGGUGCAGGAGCUUAUAUAUGCUGAAGUGAUGAAUGAUGUUCCAACAAUUGAAAUGGCAUGUCCCGAUGUGCUUGGUGUUGGUGUUGCAGGUGUCUCAAACUUCGAAAACACUUCCACUUCACAAAACAAUGAUGUUGUGCUUGCUCCAUGUGCCCCAAAGAUUAAACGGCCCCGUGGCCGCCCUAGGAAGAGACCGUUUGAGGCCCUUGUCUUGGGUGUUAGACAUUUACGCUGUUCUCGUUGCAAUGUUGUUGGACACAACCGUAAAACAUGCAAAGAAUCUUUAUAGAUUUGGUGGGAACUCUGUUGAUGGAUGGUAGUUUGGUUAGGGUGGACAUAUGUUUUUUCUUGACAUUUUGCCUUGUACUGUUUCACUUGGCUAGUGUUUUGAUCGAUAAAGCGUAUUCCUAGAUUAUUGUAUUAAAUUGAGCUGAACUGACGUAAGAGUCUGUUUUGUGGAUUAUGAAUCUUAAUUACUACCAAGUUUAGUGGAUGUGAAACAGUUCCCUGAA